UCUCUCUGUGCGUCCAUGUCUGUGAUUCCCAAGCUCUUUGGGCCCCACAAUUUCCUUUUUUUUUUUUUUUUUGGGUUGAGAAAGGCAAGCCACAGCUUGAAAGGAAGCAAUCCGAAGUUCACUAGUACUAUACUAAUCAGGUAAAAACAUCUCCGCACACAGCGUUGGGCAGGUCCGCAAAAUCCGAAUGGCACCUCCAUUCCUGGGUGUAUCUCUGGCAAUAGAGUCUGCACAUCUCUAAAUUUCCCUAGGGACAUGCGUUAAAGACACGUUCCAAUCGUUAUAGAAUAGUUCCCUAAGGCUUCUGAUCAAAUCUUGUAAUGGGUGGGUGAAGCCACUGUCCCUUGAAAACAGUUUUUCUUGAUUCUCAACUAUCAUCCACACCGGAUCAUUUCCUUUUCUCCUUUUCCUGGCUUUUCGUUUUCUACCUCUUCGUCUUUUAUUUGCGUUCUUCUCCCAACUUGCGUUGCUUUUAGACUGUGAGGGAUUUGCCAGGUGGGGCUGCUUUUGGAUUUAGCUUUGGCAAGGAUUCAGGCUUUCCUGGAUUCCUUUCUCUUUCUCGUUUCUUCUUCUCCUGGGUGCUUUCUAGUUUUUUCUCUCAGAUUUCUCAAGUUGAAUUCUUUCGUCAGAAUUUCAAUUUGGAUUUGAAUAUCUUGGAGACACUGCUUGAUGGGGUUUUGAUUUUCUCCCUGAUUCCAAAUUCUCUAAGAUUUUCAUCCAAAAUGGGAGACUCUGCUUUCAAAAUUGGACUUUGGCUUGACAAGCUCAUUGGAUCUCUCCAUUGACGCUGAUCCUUUGUAAGUUAUGUUAAGAGCUCAAAACAUCUUUAGAUGGAGGUGUUGUUUAAUUGUAAGCUAUCAAACUUCUUCGGUACCACAUUUAAGUCAAUAACUUGCAAAUGUCUGUUUCUGGCGGUCACACUUUUGAUUCUUAGAGCUCUUUUGCUUCCUCCAGCCCCUGUCUUUGGUGGGAUUGAAUGGACCAAUCUUGUAUAUAUCCCUAACCUUUCGUUGUCAUCAACUUCUGAAUCUGGGAUCAGGCAAGAUAAGUUUUUGGAGGUCCCUCAGAUUGUAUGGGGAUUAAACAACCAGAAGAUAGCAUUUGCCAGGGCUUGUCUUACUGCAAGAAUGCUGAAUCGAACUCUAUUGAUGCCUAGCCUCAGUGCCUCGUUGUUUUACAAAGAAAUUGACCUUCUGCAGCCCAUUUCCUUUGACAAAGUUUUCAAAUUUGAGAAGUUUAACUCACUCUGCAGUGGGUUUGUAAGGUUGGGUCGCUACUCUGAUCUUCUAAAUCAAACCCAAGUGCUUGAAAUGCAAAAGGGAAGUGGAAGGAAGUGGACAUUGGAGAGAGACAUGGAGCAAUUGAUACAGUAUAGCAGAGACCCAUUUGAUCAACAUGAGGUAAUUCGAAUUGUGGGGAAAAACCCUUUCCUAUGGCAAGAUCAUUGGCCUGUGAAGGAUUAUGCAAGUGUUUUUGAGUGCUUGGUUUGGGUAGAUGAGAUUGCAAAGGAAGCAGAUAGGGUUGUGUCCAAGAUAAAAACAAUUGGAAAAGAAGCAAGUGGUGAAACUGAUAGGUCUUUGUCACGGCCUCUACCCUAUGUAGCUGUCCACAUGAGGAUAGAGAUAGACUGGAUGAUUCACUGUAAAAAUGUAGAGCAAAGAUUAAACACAAAUCAAAUCUGUAGUAGCAAGAAAGAGAUUAUGGAGAGAGUUGGGAAACUUAAGAACACUGUAGGCCUGGAGACUCCAGUGGUUGUUUAUCUUGCCGUGGCUGAUAAGCUUCUUAAUGAUUCAUCCAUAUUGGAAGGUUGGGAAAAAGGAUUUCUUCCUUAUGAGAAGAAGAAACUUGGGGUUGAUGGAAUUUACAGGAAGUAUCCGUAUCUAAUUCAGUCUGCAAUUGACUACGAAGUUUGCUCAAGGGCUGAUAUCUUUGUGGGGAACAGUUUCUCUACAUUUUCAAGCCUAAUUGUUCUGGAAAGAACACAGAAGAUGAUCAGAAUGGGUGUAUCUAGCAGUAGCGUGUGUAGAACUUAUCUAAGAUGGCCUUCUUAUGCCUAUAAUAUAGCAGGAGAAUCCAAUGGUCCUAUGAAAUGGAUCACUAAUAUGUCUGAUGCAAGUCUUCAAGCAGUCAGCUAUGGAACCAGUCACUUAUCUUGUUGACUGUACUAUCUUUCUGCAACUUCAAAAUGUAGAGUAGAUUAGCAAAGGAAAGUAGAAAGGAUUUUUUUUUAUCUUUGUUUAUAUUUAUUUUCCCUUUGUAUUCUCUUUUGAAGGUGGUAUGACUUGGUAGGCUGAGGAAACUUUUCUUCUAGCUCUGUCCUUUUUUCUUUGAUAUAGAAAAAAAUGUAUCAAAUAUUUUAUAUUCAUGCUGAAGAAGAAUUUGACUAUGUUUGAGAUUUUUUUU